UGGAUAAGUUAAACAUUUGUGUGUGUGUGUGUGUGUGUGUGUGUGUGUGUGUGUGUGUGUGUGUGUGUGUGUGUGUUUGUUUUCUCUUGCCGCUGCUUGGUGAGUAGAUUCUUUUGUCUACCUAAUCACAUUAUAAAAUUGAUUAUUUUUGCUGUUGUAUUUAUUAUAUGGGAUAGGUUUAGCUGUUCAUUAUAACUGAUGGAAGAAAACAAAUUUUCAGAUAUUUAACAACAAUGCAUUUAUGCAUCUCAUCAAUUGUGGUGGGCCACAUCAUUCUAACUUUUUUUUGUUUAAUACCAACAACAUAAUUUUAAUUAUGGAUUCUUCUAUUACUUCUUGGUACAAAACUUUCAUAUUUAAGGUUAAAUAACAAGUACACUAUUUUUUGUCUAUUGAUUUUUGUUUACUUCACACUACAAGGUGUACAACUUUGCUUCUGCUGUUUGCUGAUAGGUGGCAACAAUGGUAAGUAACGGUUUAAAGAAACAGAUCGCAGAUGUCAGCCCGAUAUCUUUGACCUCAGUCAACAUAACCUCAUUCAAACAUUAGUCGAUUUGUGUCUGCAUCAUAAAGAUGUUCUUGAUUAAAAAUGUCAGUUUACAAGCCUAAUUUUGUCAUUUGUGGUAGGUGUUACUGUUUUGUUUCAGUAUGAAGAAAACAGUGGCUGAGUCUCAUUGAAUGCCCUCAAGCACGUGUGGUAACGACACCCAUAGUGAAAGAACAUGUCGUGAGGGGUUUCAACAUUUCAAGAAUGGUGAUUUUAAUGUUGUAGACCGGUAUAGUGGUGGAAGAGAGAAUGUUUUGGAAGAUGCAGAAUUGGAAAUGUUUCUGAGUGAAGACUAGCAUCAAACUCAAGAAGAAUUGGUACAAUUAGCGGUAGUGACACAGCAAGCCAUUUCAAAACAUCUCAAGGCUAUGGGAAUGAUUCAGAAAGAAGCAACUUGGGUCCCGUGUGAGCCGAAACCAAGAGACGUUGAAUGGCAUUUGCGUGUUUGCGAACAGUUGCUUCAGAUGCAAAAACGGAACAGAUUUCAGCAUCACAUUGUGACCAGGGAUGAAAAUGGGUUUAUUACAAUAACACUAAGUGCAAAAAAUCAUGGGGAUAUCCCGUCCAUGCUUCCAUGUCAACCGCCAAACCAAAUAUUCAAGGCUCCAAGAUCAUGCUCUGCAUUUGGUGGGACCAGCUCAGCGUUGUGUACUAUGAUGUGUUAAAACCAAGUGAAACAGUCACAGGUGCCCAUUAUUAAACACAAUUAAUGUGUUUGAGCAAAGCAUUAAAAGACAAAUGGCCGCAAUACAGUGAGAGGCACGAUAAAGUGAUUUUGCAGCAAGACAACACUCAACCCUAUGUUGCAAAACAGGUCAAAACAUACUUGGAAAAGUUAAAAUGGGAAGUCCUAUGCCACCUGCUGUAUUUUCCAUACAUUGCUCCCUCUGACUGUCACCUGUUUAGAUCAAUGGCGCAUGACCUGGCUGGCCAACACUUCUUAUCUCAUGAAGAAGUCACAAAUUGGAUCGAUUCGUGGAUCACUUCAAAAUAUGAACAAUUUUUUCGAUGCGGGAUUUGUACACUGCCCAAAAAAUUGAGAAAGUAGUGGCCCGCAAUGGAAAAUACUUUGAAUGAUACAUGUGUAACCAAUUUGUUUCAUGAAAGCCUCAAACAUUGGGGAAUAAACAGUGGAAGCAAAGUUGUACACAUUGUAGUUUUUUGCUUAUGAUGACAUAUCAUCUUGAAGAUGCCCUAAUCAGCCAAAAACUACAUAAAAUAAACAAAAACCAAGAGAACAAAAACAGUGUACUUGUUAUUCAAUCUUAAACAAUAUAAUUUCUAUUUACUAUGAAAUUCAAAUUUAUUGAGGAAAGUCUAAGUAUUGCUGAGUCAUAAGUCGUAAACAAUGAAUUUAGUUAUGUCCUAUACAUUUCAGGAAAGAGUGAAAAAUUUAAGUCAGCUGACAGAUGUUUAUAUAAACACUAUCCUCCAACAUAAAUUUGUGUGUGAUGUGGUAAUGAUACACAAUGUUUUUAGCAACAUUAAUUUUAUAGUAACAUGCUUUCAACUAUUAGAGGUAUUCAUAAGCAAAAGUUGUGAACUUCCAUUCAGGUGUGCAGUAUUUAGUCAUGUCCUAUUAAGAUUUUAUGUUCUUGGAACUAACAGACUUUAAUUUAGUACUACAAAGUAAUCUAAUAAAAGUCUAACCUUGUGAUUUAUUUUUCAGUUUAUAUGACAAUAGCAUGUUGCACUCGAAGGAAUUGCAUGAAAGUCUACCUGCAAUCAAUGUAGCAGGUACAGUGGGAAAGUGUCUUUUAGAUUUUUCCAAACAAGAAUUCCACUUUAUCUUGUACUCAGAUGAUGAAGAGAGCUCAUACACUAAAGAAAAUCUCUUCAUACGGAAUAAAGCUGCUGAAGAUGUAUCUUUAAGAAUUGAUUGUGAGGAAUUUAGUGAAAAUUGCCCCUUUUUAUUUGUCAAGAUGAAAGGGAGCAGUAUUACAAGAGAAGGCAAUUCUAUAUACACAACUUUAGAGUACAAUGAAUAUGCUAUGUUCAAACUAGCCUUUGUCCCAGAACUGGCAGGUUACUACAAAAGUGAAGCUGCUGUUUUUAUAACAGACUACUCAUGCAAGGAGCCAUUUUGUUACAUUAGCUAUGAUGGAACAUGGACACCACCAACUAUCCAGCUUGAAACUAGUGAGAUUUUUUUCCCCCCUGUGCCACUUGGUAUACAGUUAUCAACUAUUGUGGAACUGAAAUUACUUCACUAUAUUGGAGUACCAUACAUAAUAGCAAAAAUCGCACCUGUUCUGGAUGAUAAUGGCUGGAAUAUGGCAGAGACCAUUACUGUCGAUUUUGGAGAUAAAGGGAAUGAGGAAAGAGAAUCCUGUAAAGAGAGAUGUACAACAGAUAUGCCAGGAUAUCAAUUUCAGAAUUCUCUUUGCGGUUGGUUGUCACCCUACAGGCUAUCCAUGAAAGACCUAAGAAAGUAA